UGGUAAUUAGACCAACAACUCGAACCCGGAGGAGUAGUCUGCACUGCUUCCAUUCCUAUGGAUUAGAUAGCAAUCUUAGCACAUUGUUUCGAAUCGAGCGAAGCAACGAUAAAUCAAUUAAUUUAUAGUAGUAAUACAUUUUCUCAGUCAUCUAGCCCAGUUGUUGCAGCUGUUCAGGAUGGAAACGGUGGCGGCAUUUCGGGCUUCUGUUUGCAGUAUCUCCCUCAAUUGGGCUUCCCGGUCCGGCCCGACAACACCCGAUGUCAGGGUCGGGCUGAGGCCUGUGCUCUCCAAGGCUUGGAUUCAGCAAACACCACUUGUUUCAAGAUUCAAGACGGGAAACAAAAAAGCGAGCUAUUUGAGCAGGAGGAGCACUGCAACCAGAGCUUCUAUGCAACCUUCCGACUCUGGUAGUUCGGAAGCUCCUAUUGCUCCUCUACAGAUGGAGUCUCCCAUAGGGCAGUUUCUCUCUCAGAUAUUAGCAAGUCACCCGCAUCUUGUUCCUGCUGCUGUAGAACAGCAACUUGAACAACUGCAAACCGACCGUGAGGCAGAGAGAGAGAAGGAAGAGCCAUCUGCAUCUGGAACUGAUCUUGUUUUAUACAGGAGAAUUGCGGAGGUUAAAGCUAAUGAAAGAAAGAAGGCCCUGGAAGAGAUCUUGUACGCAUUGGUGGUACAGAAAUUCAUGGAUGCCAGCGUAUCCCUGAUUCCUACAAUCACUCCAUCAACGCCUGGUGGUCCUGCUCAUGUUGAUAAGUGGCCCGGCCAAGAUGAUAAAUUGGAGCACGUGCACUCUCCUGAAGCGUACGAGAUGAUUCAGAACCACUUGUCUCUCAUUCUUGGGAACCGGCUUGGCGACUCUACUUCUGUAGCUCAAAUAAGCAGAAUAAGGGUUGGGCAGGUUUAUGCCGCUUCUGUUAUGUAUGGAUAUUUCCUUAAACGUAUAGACCAAAGGUUUCAGUUGGAGAAGAGUAUGAAAGUCCUUCCCCAGAGUAUUGAUAAUGUUGAUGAACAAGUUGCAUUGGAGGGAACAAGACCAAGUGAUAGCGACAUUAAUAAGUCUCACAGGAAAGCUCAACCUCACCCAGAAAUGUCAUCAUUUUCUGGAGGCGCUGGUGUUGGUAUUGGUAUUGAUGGGUUAAAGCCAUCCAGAUUGCGAACUUAUGUCAUGUCAUUUGAUGGAGAGUCGCUUCAAAAAUAUGCAACCAUCAGAUCUAAGGAGGCUAUUAGCAUCAUUGAGAAACAUACAGAAUCAUUAUUUGGUAGGCCUGAGAUCGCAAUCACACCUGAAGGAACCAUUGAUCCCCAGAAGGAUGAAGCCAUCAAAAUUAGCUUUGGUGGCCUGAGGAGACUUGUUUUGGAAGCUGUGACUUUUGGUUCUUUCCUUUGGGAUGUUGAGAGCUAUGUGGAUUCAAGGUACCAUUUUGUUGCAAACUAAGCCUUGUGAUGGUGAUGCGGCUGAUGGUAUCGGAAAUGGUUUUACUUUGAGUGGGGAUGCUGCUGUCUUGUUCUACUUGACUUGUACAUAGUAACCUUGCUUCAAAUUGAUUGAAUGUUUGUGGAUUCAAAAUCCUAUUCUCAGCUAGUUCUUUCACAUCUUCUGUCACAUGCAGAAAUGGAGAUUGUAAUAAGUAGUAUGGUUGCUAUGUUUCUUGAUUGCUUUGUAUUUAUCAAACUUAUGAUUGUGGCA